UACCAAACACCACUGAUCGGAUCCUGAGUUUUUGGAUCAAUGGGUGUCUCAAACAUUGUCUCCGUGUUCUUAUUGCUUGUACUAAUCAAUUUAAGCAGUAAUAAUAUCAAAGGAAUUGAGGCUUUUCAUAAGGUUUACGAAAAAUUGCAAUCUCAAUCCGUCGAGUCAGUGAAUCCUCUUCACCGAUCUGCUUUUCACUUUCAACCUCCGAAACAUUGGAUUAAUGACCCGAAUGGUCCAUUGUACUACAAAGGUUUCUACCAUCUCUUUUACCAAUAUAACACCAAAGGUGCAGUUUGGGGAAAUAUUGUAUGGGCUCAUUCAAUUUCAAAAGACUUGGUGAAUUGGGAGGCUCUUGAACAUGCUCUUUAUCCCUCUAAAUGGUUCGACGUGAAGGGGACAUGGUCCGGUUCAAUAACAAUUGUACCAGGAAAAGGACCGAUUAUUCUCUAUACCGGUGUUAAUAAAAAUGAAACUCAGUUGCAAAACUAUGCAAUACCAGAGGAUCCAUCAGAUCCAUACUUGAGGAAAUGGAUUAAACCGGAUGAUAACCCCAUUGCGAUGCCAGAUUAUACUAUGAAUGGUUCAGCUUUUCGAGACCCGACCACGGCUUGGUUCUCCAAAGAUGGACACUGGAGAACAGUAGUGGGCUCAAGAAGAAAGCAUAGAGGAAUCGCUUAUAUCUACAGAAGUCGAGAUUUCAAGCAUUGGGUCAAAGCUAAGCACCCGGUUCACUCAAAAGAAUCAACCGGUAUGUGGGAAUGUCCUGAUUUCUUCCCGGUUUCCACAACCGAUUUCGAGAACGGUUUGGACUUGGAUUACGUAGGUCCAAACACCAAGCACGUGUUGAAAGUUAGCUUGGACAUAACCCGGUUCGAGUAUUACACGCUUGGCAAAUAUGAUCCUAAGAAAGAUCGGUACGUACCCGAUGGUAAUUCACCCGAUGGUUGGGAGGGUUUAAGAUUCGAUUAUGGUAAUUUCUACGCCUCUAAGACAUUCUUUGACUACAAAAAGAACAGAAGAAUCUUGUGGGGUUGGGCCAAUGAAUCCGACACCGUUGAAGAUGAUAUUUCAAAGGGUUGGGCUGGUCUUCAGGUAAUUCCAAGAACGGUGCUUCUUGACUCAAACAAAAGGCACCUAGUGUUUUGGCCUAUUGAAGAAAUAGAGUCAUUAAGAGGUAACUACGUCCGAAUGAACAACCAAAACAUCAAAAUGGGUCAACGCUUAGAAGUCAAAGGAAUCACUCCUGCUCAGGCCGAUGUGGAAGUAACCUUCAACAUUCCAAGUCUAGAGAAAGCUGAGACAUUCGACCCGAGCUUCAAGCUGAAACCGUUGGAGUUAUGUAAGAUGAAAGGCUCGAAUGUGACAGGUGGUGUAGGACCUUUUGGUCUGAUCACAUUAGCCACUCCUGAUUUGGAAGAAUACACUCCUGUCUUCUUUAGAGUCUUCAAAGACACUUCCACUCAUAAGCCUAAGGUUCUCAUGUGCUCCGAUGCUAGACCCUCGUCGUUAAAGCAAGACAGGGGUCCACUCAAGCAAGAUAAGAUGUAUAAACCAUCGUUUGCUGGUUUUGUGGAUGUUGAUCUAGCUGAUGGAAGGAUUUCUCUAAGGAGUUUGAUUGAUCACUCGGUAAUAGAGAGCUUUGGAGCUUUAGGCAAGACAGUGAUAACGUCAAGAGUGUAUCCGGUGAAAGCAGUGAAAGAGAAUGCGCAUUUGUAUGUGUUUAACAAUGGGACACAAAUCGUGAACGUAGAGAGUCUCAAUGCUUGGAGUAUGCAACGUCCUUUGCAGAUGAAUAAUGGAGCUCAAUAAUUUAGCCUUUUUCUUUCUUUCUUUUAAUGUUGGUUAGUAACUGGGAGAUAAUGUGAGAUUAGAAUGAGGAACUUUGAGAUUAGUGCAUGUCCGUAUUUCAUGUAUGGAGUAUUGUACCUUUCUAUUACUAAUCACUCAAUAAAAAGAAUAAAAAAUAAUAUUGGAAACCAAAUUAAACAUCAACAA